GUUUGGUCUAUUAUCAGUUUUUAUUUUCAGAUACAUUUUGUUUUGCAUGAUGCUACAAGUUACAUUGUCAACAUUACUUUCUGAUCUUAGAUUUUGUUUUAAAUUCAAUAGAUUCUUUCAUUCAUCAUGUUCCCUUAUGAAAGAAGCAAGCCUAAAAAAAGAAGAACUGAAUCCUGCAAUAGAUGAGGUAUCGGAAGAAGAAGCAGCUGCAGAGCAAGAGAGGCUUGCCAAGUUAUGUGACAAGUCCAGAUUAAAGCCUCAUCACUACAAAAUCGUGCAUAAAAUUGCUAAUUCUAUGGAUGAGCUGGAGCAGGACGUGACAAGCGUGCGCGACGUGCGCGCAAGAUACGGCCGUGACGGUGACGGCUCUAACGUCCAGCUCAGGUAUCUGUGGCCUUCGCAGCAGGAGAUGAAUCUGAUGAAGGAGUAUGAGAAGGUUUUUAAUCCAUUGAGUCUACCAGACACGAUUGCCAAGGCCAAACAUGACAAACAGGAAGCCAUUAAGUUUACUGUUGAGAGGCAGAAAGCGCUGAGAGAAAAUAUGAAGAGUCUAGAGAAGUGGAAGAAGGCAGUUAGAGACAAAAUACGAGACAACGAAGAGGCUGCGCGCAUAGCGAGGGAGAAACAAGCUCGUUUGAUUGAGGAAGUGCGGCUGAUGUAUGGCGCCCGUAUUGAUCCUCAUGACGAAAAGUUCCAAGAAAUUCUUGCCCAGAAGGAAGAGGAGGAAAAGAAAACCCAGAAAGCCCUCAAAAAGCAACAGAAACAACAGAAAUUGGUGGAACAAAUGAAGAAGAUAGCCGAACAGGCCAAGCAGAAAGCUGAUGAAGAAAACCAGAAGAACACGCCACUACCACCAACCGAUCAAACAAGUACCAACGUCGUAUGAAGAUGAAAGCAAAAAAUUUAGAACCAAAUGGCUAUUGAUGUGCAUGGCGCUCCUCAUCAGACCUGGUCCCUCCCAAUAUCCACUGAAAUUGGAAAAAUUAGAAAAAGUCAGAUUAGUGCGUUUGUGUA